UCAUGGGCAUAGCAUUCGGGUCGGUUUCUUUCAUGAAUUGGGCUAUCGGGCUCUAUUAGCCCAAGCCAACAUGUGAGUGAACCGCGCGGGCCCAUCAAUUUUCCGGAAACUACAAACUUCCGGAGGUAACGGAGAGAGCGAAAACCUUUGUUUUAUGAGACCAAUCAGGCUUCCCGGGCCGCCGAGCGGCGAGAUUCCGGGCACGCUAGGGUCGAGUGAAGGUUUAGUCUCCGGCGUGAUCAGACGAGCAGCAAUAAUCGGCAAUGGAUUCUCCGGCGCUGAGAGUCAGUGCUUAGGCUUGGUUCGCGCUCUGGGCCUCUCCUCCGGCCUUACCCUUUACCGGGCCACUAGGCCAAGAGGAGGUCUCAACAAGUGGCUCCAUUGGCUUCCAGUUUCAAUCCACAGAAGAGUGGACUCUCUUAUAAGGAGUAUCUAUGACGAUUAUUGGAGAUAUGGAGGAAAUGCUAAUGCCCACAUGGGGACGCCUUCUUCAACUGAAAGAACUGGUAUUUUAUGGGAAAAUUGUAAUUCUCUCUCAGACUUAGAAUUGAAGAAGUUUAAUAAUCUAAAUGGUAAGGUGGCUGGGCUUGCGGAUGCGAAGCAGAUUGCGAGGAUGGCUCGUGAUACGUUUAACAAGGAUGGUCCCUUAUUGGUGGUAGCAUCUGGUAGCGGUACCAUUUCAGUAUCAAGCUCUAUAAGACGAUUAGCUCCAGAGAAUGUUUUUGUUGUUCAGAUACAACAUCCCAGAUCACGUUUGAAUAGGUUUGAUUUGGUGAUUACUCCUCAUCAUGACUAUUAUCCAUUGACUCCUCAAGCUCAGGAGCAAGUCCCAUGGUUUCUUCGGAAGUGGAUAACUCCACGCGAACCUCCUGAUAGGCAUGUGGUUCUCACUGUGGGAGCUCUUCACCUGGCUGACUCUGCUGCAUUGAGAACUGCAGCUUCUGUUUGGCAUGAUGAGCUGGCAGUGCUUCUAAAGCCCUUGCUGGUUGUCAAUAUUGGAGGGCCUACCAGCAACUGUGAGUAUGGAACAGAUCUGGCAGAGCAGUUAACAGAUAUGCUGCGGAAAGUUCUAUGGAGUUGUGGAAGUGUUCGGAUAUCUUUUUCUAGAAGAACACCUCAGAAGGUGUCUAAUGUUUUAGUGAAAGAAUUUAGUAAUAACCAUAAGGUUUACAUUUGGGAUGGUAAAGGUCCAAAUCCACAUAUGGGGCAUCUAGCUCUGGCUGAUGCUUUUGUCAUCACAGCAGAUUCUGUGAGUAUGUUGAGUGAGGCUUGUAGCACUGGGAAGCCUGUCUAUGUUGUAGGAGCUGAGCGGUGCACAUGGAAGUUUGCCGACUUCCAAAAGAGAUUAUAUGAUCAUGGAGUGGUUAGACCAUUCACUGGUGAAGAGGAUAUUUCUGAGGUCUGGAGCUAUCCUCCAUUAAAUGACACUGCAGAGGGUGCUAGACAUGUAAUGGACGCGCUCGCUGAGCGUGGAUGGAGAAUACAAUCAGCUGAGAAUGAUGUGCUCUUCUAACUUCAGCAUGACCAACUUUAUGCAGUGCACCAAAUUGAUUCCUCCCUGGUGCAUUGUUUAUCUGAGAUUUUAGCAGUUGCCAAAAGCAGUUAAGUUUAAACUGACAUCUUGAACUUCUGACACAUUGUAAAAUUAAUUUUGAAUUGAUCCCCCAGUUUUGUCGUUUGAUACAACCUAGGGUUUUAGUCUAUAGAAGAGCAGCAAGUAAAAAGAAAGCAGACAUGACAGUUUCACAGUAUCCUAUACAGCUGCUUUCAAUUAAUGUAUUUUGCUGUGCACUUCUUAAUUUUGGCAACUUUAGUGUAUGCUAAUUAACAAUGAAACAUUGAUUAACCUGGGUUAAAAUGGAUGAUAUUUGAGAUCAUUGAUUAACCUGGGUUAAACAGCUUCACAGAUC